CACAGGAUCCAAGAGUGAAGCAUGGCUCGAGCGCGCGCGCGCUCGCGUAUAAGGCUUGCGCACCACGAAAGUAGCCUCUCCUCUUUAAACGGCUCUCCACACAACACAUCCACCAUCCACCACGCAGCCGCACCUCUAACCCGGACUGACCCGUACACAUCAGGAAACAGAUCCCUUCUUGUCUGCCUAGAUCCUUCCUUCACACUACGAAUUUUGAGCGAGAUCCCUCCUUCUUCGUCAGAGACAUGCAUCUACAAACCUCGCUCACCAACCAAAGCGUCUGGCGCGCUCUGGCUGCGAAGCCAACUCUCGGCCAGCAGAUCACCCGUCUGACGAUCAAACAAACUGCAGAAGAUCUUCAAGAAAGACCAGUGCCCGAAGAUGUCGUUCCAGAAGCGCUUGAGGCUGCUGUUAGUGCACUAGUCUCUACUCCUGUUCCCGACGUUGGAAGCUCAGCCUCGAUCGAGGAGCAGCUGGCUCAAGCAGUGAGCGCGGAAGAGAGCCUACUCGAAGCAAUGCAGGGAAUGAGCCAGUUGCGCGAACUCACAUGGUCAACACAUCCACCCAUCCUGUCGCUCCCUGUACGCGCUUCCAAAAGCGGCACGGACGUCUGGCAGACACUCUCUCGAGUGUCAGCAUCUACGUUAGAGAAAUUGAGGGUACUUGAUGCCGCCGAGUUUCCCGCGCUUCGAGGGCUGGAUGAGACCACUGCAAAACUUUCAAAAGAGCAGGGCGAGGCUGCCGAUCCGCUCUUUGAGAAGAGAGCGUCGGUUCACGACGGCUCACUCUUUGACCAAUCGUUUCCGCAGCUCAAGACGUUUGAAUACACCUGUAAGCGUGUCCUCAAGACUUAGUUCGAGCUUUCCAUGUGCUGGAUUAACCCGAUUGUCUUCCCCAGGCUACUCCUUCAAGCAUGGCACUGUUGAUCCGCCGACGAGCCGUCUUGCCAGUUUCCUGAGUCGCAGCACACAGCUUGAGGUAGGUAUGCCUGCCGAUUUCAACAUCCCUCGCAGCUAGCUAGAUCAUCAGGCUGACGCUCGACACUCUGCCCCAGACCCUCGAGCUGCACUUUUUCUUGCAUGG